AUGGCGGAGGAACAUAAGCACGAGGUACCUGUGACGGCUUCGGAGCCAGAUGUGGAGGUUGUUGAGCGGGAAUCGUUGAUGGACAAGAUAACGGAGAAGAUCCACCACGGUGGUGACUCGUCUUCAUCCUCAUCGUCGGAUGACGAGGACGAGAAGAAGAAGAAGAAGCCGUCUUCUCCGUCGUCUAUGAAGUCGAAGGUUUACCGCUUGUUCGGAAGGGAGAAGCCCGUGCAUAAGGUUCUCGGCGGUGGAAAGCCGGCUGAUAUCUUCAUGUGGAAGAACAAGAAGAUGUCUGGUGGUGUACUUGGUGGUGCUACAGCUGCCUGGGUUCUCUUUGAAUUGAUGGAGUACCACCUUCUCACUCUGCUCUGCCAUGUGAUGAUUGUUGUGCUCGCUGUGCUGUUUCUAUGGUCUAAUGCCACCAUGUUCAUCAACAAGUCCCCACCAAAAAUUCCUGAAGUUCAUAUCCCUGAAGAACCUAUUCUCCAGCUUGCGUCUGGGCUCAGAAUCGAGAUCAACCGUGGAUUCUCUUCUCUUCGUGAGAUUGCAUCUGGAAGGGAUCUUAAGAAAUUCCUCUCUGCUAUUGUCGGCUUGUGGGUUCUAUCAAUCUUGGGCGGCUGGUUCAAUUUCUUGACGUUGGCAUACAUAGCUCUUGUGCUGCUCUUCACGGUCCCUCUUGUCUACGACAAGUAUGAAGACAAAGUCGACCCAUUAGGCGAGAAAGCGGUGAUCGAGAUCAAGAAGCAGUACGCAGUGUUGGACGAGAAGGUGCUGAGCAAAAUCCCACUGGGCCCGUUGAAGAACAAGAAGAAAGAUUAG